AAAUAUGUCUUCGCUUCACGACGACGAAGUCGCUGCUGCCUUUGCUGGCGAGCUAAAGAAGAAGAAAAAGUCCAAGGCUAAAAAGACUGAAACUCUUACUGCUGCCGUCGAUGGGGAUCUUCCUGUUCAGGACCAGGCCGAGAUCGAAAAAGACACUGCUGCCAUGUUUGAUGACCUUAAGAAGAAAAAGUCCAAGGCUGCUGCUGUGGUGGUUCAAGACAUUGUUGAUGAAGAGGUUCCUCCUCCUGUCCAGGAGAACGACGAGGUCCCUGUUGCCAAUGAGGAUGACAUGUUUUCUGGACUUAAAAAGAAGAAGAAGAAGAAGACCACGUUUGUGGACGACGACGAGGCUACUACUGAAGACCCCAUAGUGCCUCCUGUAGAGUCCAUUGAAAAUGAGGCUCCUGCUGUGAUUGAACCUGAAGAUUCUAGCUCAAUGUUUAGUGAUCUCAAAAAGAAGAAGAAGAAGAAGGCUACUACCGAGGUAUGACGGCUAUACUUGCUAGUUGUGUUUUUGAUUCUACAUGUUUCCGAUUGCCAUUGAUUUUGAACAGAAUCUAUCCUCUUGUUCAUUAUAUUGACGCAUCUAUUCAUUCAACUCAAAUCUAGUCACAGGAUGGUGCACAUGCCGAAACAGACUUUGAUGCAACCUUUGGUGAAAAGAAGAAGAAGAAGAAGUCUGAUAUGGCAGCUUUUGAAGCUCUCCUCAAGGAUGGUGAAGAAACUCAAAAUGACGGCGUUUCUUUUGGUCAAUCUGAAGGUGCAGAGGGUGAAACCGAGUCAAAUGCUGCAUCCAAACUAGGCCAGGAAGCUUGGCUCUCAUCCAAUCGCGACUACACCUACAAUGAGUUGCUUACUCGUGUGUUUAACAUUAUCCGUCUAAAUAACCCUGAACGUGCCCAAGGUGGUACCGUCAAGUAUAAUAUUGUUGCUCCGCAAAUCUUGAAGGAAGGUUCCAAAAAAACCUCCUUUGCCAACUUGGUCGAUUUUUGUAGAAGGAUGCGUCGUACGCCUGAUCAUCUUGUUCAGUUUUUGUUUGCAGAGUUGGGUACCUCUGGCUCGAUUGAUGGUAACCAACGUUUGAUUAUCAAGGGAAAAUUCCAGCAAAAACAGAUUGAAAACGUGUUGAAGCGUUAUAUUGUCGAAUACGUGACCUGCAAAACUUGCAAAUCAGCUGAAACUGUAUUGACCAAAGAAAACCGUCUUUUUUUCCUGCAAUGUGAAUCAUGUGGAUCAUCGCGGUCUGUAUCUGCCAUCAAAACUGGAUUUGUUGCUCAAACUGCCAGACGUUCUGCGCAACGUGCUGCUGCUGGUCAAUAAAUCAAUUUUAUGG